AUGGGCGGGCAGCGCGACGUGCGCGCCACGGUGGCGGUCCUGUACACGCGCCAGCGGCCAGCAAAGCGCCCCGUGUACCGGGAAGGCACCUUGCGGGUCGCAGCAGGCUCCGCCAGGCUGUUGGAUUCCGAAGGCGUCGAGAUCGACGCGGAGACGUGCACGGCGGGGUUCCUCGCGCGCCUGCGGGCUGGCGAGGAGCUCGUCCUGUCGGCGCACGUGGUGCGUCCCGAGGCGCCCGCGGCACUGCUGGCUCCAGAGGGGCCCCGCCGUCCCGCGGAGGCGCUGCCGACGGCCGCGCCGCCUCAGCGGGUGGGCCCGGCGAGCACACCGCCCGCGCAGGCGUCCGGCAGGGCCCAACGCGCCGCGGAACCCGAGCAGCCCUCGGCCCUCAAGGCCAAGCAGCCCUUCAAGAAACCGCGCCUCGCUCUGCGCUGCGACCCGCUCGCAGACGAGGCCCCGCCGAGCCUUCCUGGCGGGCGGCCGCUUCUGGAGCUGCGCGCUGGCACGACGGGAGGCCACCCUUCGGGCAGUGGCCAGCCGCCGCAGCAGCGCCUGGCGGAGACUGAGGGCUCGGGGGCCGACGCCGCAGACAACGGCGGCCAGCCAGCCGAGGCUCUGGCGCCAGCGGAGCCGCGGGGAGACCAGUGCGCUGCGGAGGCCAGGGAGGGCGCCAUGCUCGUGGAGCAGGCCGGAGAUUUGUGGAGGGAGUGCGCCGCCGAGGACUCGCACUGGGUGCUGCGCGGGGGCGACGAGGCGUGGGCGCGCGGAGGCCGCCGCGCCAUAGCCGAUCUCUGGACGAGCUGCGCCGCCGAGGACCUUCAGAGACGCGGCGGUGGGGCGCUCGCACCGUCGGCGGUCCUGGGCCUCUCGGCACCAGGCGCGCGCGGCUGCGCCACUGGUGCGACCCUGCUCGCACCCUGCGUGGCCCCACUGGCAGGGCAGCAAGCGCCGACUGCGGCAGGCCAGCUGGCGACGUCCUCAUCGGGCCUCCCCGAGGACGCCGCGAUCCUCCCCGCGCCCAUCAGGUCGCCCGCGAGGUGCCCGUCCGGACGCUGGGGGGCCACGGCGUUCGCGGCCGCCGCCUCGCCCACCGAGCCGCCACCGAGCGCAGGCGGCGUCUGCUUCGCAGCUGCGCCAACGGCGGCCGCACCACCACCGGAGGAGCACCGCCCCGAGGAGAGCAGCGACGACGAGCUGCUGCUCUCGCUCCCGGCCCCGCCGCCGCGCCCCGCGGCACUGGCAGCUGCGUGCACGCGAGGCCCCGGCCGCGGCGAGCGGCAGGGCGAGGCGCCGCCGCAGGGGCCGCCCGCGGCCGAGCCUGCCUCGGAGGACGACAUGCCGCUGGCGGCUGCCGCGGGCCCUGCCGCGGAAGACGACAUGCCGCUGGCGGCCGCCGCGGGCCUUGCCGCCCGGCGGCUGGCGUCUGGGCCGGGGGCCCGCGCUGCCCGCAUUGGGCGCCUGGCCGCGCCGAAGCGCGCCGCGGCGCGGCCGCGGCGAGCUGGUGAAGCGCAGGCGCGGAAAGCAGCGCCGAGCGCGGGGCGGCAGGCGCCACCGCAGCCACCGCAGCCUCCUCAGCCGCUGCAGCUCUCCUUCUCGCAAGAGGCUGCCGGCGUCGGCGCAGACGCGGGCAGCGCUCCGCCGAGCGCCCUGGCCGAGAGGGGCGAGUACGCGCGCUGCUUCGCCAGCGCGUUGGUCCAGGAGAUGCAGGUCCGGCUCAGCGACAUCGCCGCGUCGUGGUUCUCGUGGGCAGGGGGCCCGGAUUUGCACGCCGACGUUCGCGCCGUCGUACAUAACCUGCUGGCAGGUCCGAGCGUAGGGCCCGACGGGACAGCGACGCUGAUAGUGGGCAGGAGGACGACCGUCUCCAGAGGAGACGUGCGGACGUGCUCCCGGGGGGACGUUUGGAUCCUCCUGCCACGUGGUCUGCCACCUUUGCUCUUCCGGUCCCUCUGGCGCGGGGUGAAUCCCAACGGCAAGCUGUUGUGUGCUGCGAUCAACGAGCCCGCGUUCUCAUGGCUCGCAACGCGCCGCAGCCACGGGCCGAAGCUCGUGGCGAUGCCCUCGCUCGUGUGCGGCGGCUUCUCCGCGGAGCUGUCGCAGCUGGACGCGCUCCAGGCGUUUGCGGCGCAGCCCGCGGGCGUGGACUGCCGCGCCAGCGUGGACGAGCACGAGCUGAGCCUGAUCCUGGGGACCGGCGGGCCCGCAGCGCAAUCCACCGCGAGGGGCGGCGGGCCAGCGCCGCAGCCCCCCGAGCCUGCGCGGGCGCCGGAACUGUCGUGGCUCAGCGCGGAGCAGGGCGCCGUGGUGCAGGCGGUGGCCCAGUGGGUGGACAACGAGGACGCGGCGCCCAGCGCCGUGCUCGUGCGCGGCGUUUUCGGCUCGGGCAAGUCCCGCACCCUGGCCGCCUGCAUCACCAUGCUGGACCGCGCGCUGACGGCCAGGAAGGACCCGCGGCGCAUCCUGCUCCUCUGCCAGACCAACGUGGCCGUGGACACCGUGCUGCACCUGCUGCUCUCGGAGCACGAGUGGGACGACUUCGCGCGCCUCGGCAGCUUCCGCGGCGUGCAGCCCGCGCUGCUGCACCGCACCGUCAGCCUGCUCUCCACGCGGCAGGCGGCGAUGAAGGAGCUCAGCGAGGCCUUGGAGAAGCGCCCGCCAGGGGCGCGCGAGCAGCUGCAGGCCGCCGUGGCCAGCGGCGUGCUGCCGCCGAGGGCGGUGGUGUGGCGCCGCCGGCGCCUCGUGGCCGCCACGGCGGCCGCGCUGGACGCGGCCGACCACUUCGGCGGCGACGCGCUGCGGUGCCCGCUGGUGCUCGUGGACGAGGCGGCGCAGCUGACGGAGCCGACCGUGUUCGGGUGCCUGCGCCGCGUGGGGGCGCGCCGCCUGCUGAUGGUGGGGGACCCCAGGCAGUUGCCGCCGCGCGCGGCGUGCGCCUCGCUGCGCGUCACGAUGCUGGAGCGCCUGUGGGGGCAGAGCCGCGCGGCCGCCCGGGUGGAGCUGGCCACCCAGCACCGCUGCCACCCGCUGAUCGCGGAGCUGUCCAGCGGCCUGUUCUACGGGUCCGCGCUGCGACACGGCGUGCCCGCGGAGCAGCGCGCAUCCGUCCUGGGCCCCGGGGCGCCGCCCGUGGCGGUGGUGCUCAGCGACGGCGCGGAGGCGCGGCGCAGCCAGUCGUACGAGCACGGCGAGGAGGCCGCCCUGUGCGCGGCCUGGGCGCAGCGCGCGCUGCGCCUGGGCUCGGUGCGCCCGGAGGCCGUGGGCAUCGUGUGCCUCUACCGGCCCCAGGCCGCGGCGUGCGCGCGCGAGUGCGCGCAGCGGGGCCUCCACGGCGUGGAGGCAGCCACGGCGGACGCGUUCCAGGGCGCGGAGCGGGAGGUCAUCGUGCUGAGCUGCGGGCGCUCCUCGGCCGCGGCGCCGCGGGAUCGUCACGCGUGCUGCCCCAGGAGGCUGAACGUGGCCUUGUCCCGGGCCCGGCGGCACCUGGUUAUCUUCGGCAGCGCCGCGUUCCUCGAAGGCCACCCCUUCCUGUCCAAGGUGCUGGAGGUCGCCAGGCAGCGCGGCAGCGUCCACCACGGGCGUACGAUCCUCGCGGGCUAA